AUGACUGGAGAGAACCCCUCAUCUGCGGCUCAAGGCGCGAAAUCCAAAAAACCCAAGAAGAAGGGCGCAAAGGCCAAGGGCAACCAAGCCACCGAUCAUCCAGAACCUGCCAAGAAUCACGAUGAUACCACUCUGGAUAAUCGGGAUGAACUAGGCGGCUCUGUAGAGACUUCGACCACCGGCGGCACUGAACCCAGUUCAGAAAACAAUGGCGCACCUACAGAACGCGCUGGUGAUUCGGAUCCCGCCGAUGAUACAGAACGCGCUGGUGAUGCCCAUCAGAAGAAUCACAACCCCGCACCGUCCGAUGCCGAGCCGAAGGACCGGUUUGAUGCGCUCGUUCGCGAACGAGACUCGCUACGAGCGGAAGUCACCGACAUGCGGAAAUCCUUAGAGGGAAUUCAAUCCAAACACAGGGCUGAUAUGGAGGCCUUACAGCAGAAAUUGGACGACUCCGAUACCAAGAAGGAACAUGCAGAAACACAGUACCAGAAGCUCAUGGAGCGAGUGAACACAAUUAGGUCUCAGCUUGGGGAACGGCUCAAAGAGGAUGCGGAGGAAUUGGCCAACGCACGGUCUCAAAUCGAAGAACUUGAAGACGACAAUGCCAACAUGAAAUCACAGCUUACAGCCAAGUCUACGGAAAUAGCAGAGCUUUCGGAAGAGUCGGUGCAAAAGUCUAAGGAGAUCUCCACCCUUCGAGAUCGAUUCAAUUUGUCUCAACAAAAUUGGCUGAAGGAGAAAGAAGAGCUCAUGGCGCAGGAGUCGUAUCUCCAGGCUGAAUUUGAACAAGCAAAAGAGGCUAUGCACAACUGGGAAAUCCUAGCCAUGGAGGAAAGAUCUAUUCGUGAGAAUUUGGGGGAGAAGGUUGUCGAUCUCGAGGAGCAACUGAACAACCUCAACAAUGCCUAUGAGAAAGCCUCCACUGAACGUGACAGCCAACAAUUCACAGUUGAUGGGCUACAGCGGGCAUUGCAGGAGAUCCAAUCAGCCCGAAAGCAGGAGCUGCGGGAGCUCGUAGAGAGUUCUGAUUCCCAGUUGGAGGAGUUGAGAAAGUCCCUGCGAGAAGCACAGCAGCAAGCUACGCAUGCCGAUAAGGGUCUUCAAUCUGCACAGGAUGAAUUGGAACGAGUGCGGCCAUUUGAGAAAGAGGUCAAGGAGAAGAACCUGCUCAUUGGAAAAUUGAGACAUGAGGCUGUCACGCUGAAUGACCAUCUAACUAAGGCCUUGCGAUUCCUCAAGAAGGGGAAACCAGAAGACAACGUAGACCGACAUAUUGUUACCAACCAUCUACUACAUUUCCUUACGCUGGAUCGGUCAGACCCCAAGAAGUUCCAGAUUCUCCAGUUAAUUGCAGCUCUUCUGGGCUGGGACGAUGAGCAACGCGAACAGGCAGGCUUGGCUCGACCAGGAACUUCAAACAUAUCUGGCAAGCUCCGAGUGCCUGGCACACCCCUGCGUACCCCCAGUACGACGAACUUGACGGACUUUAUGGACAGCGCUUCAAGUAAAGAGACGCUGGCAGAGUUAUGGUCCAACUUCUUGGAGCGGGAGGCAGAGGCUGGCAAGAUAAACAUCCCAGGACGAGGAAGUCAUGCGGGACCGGCUAACUCAUAG